AGUUUAAGUUUAACUUUUAUACUUUGAUUGCAGAGUUGUUUUGUUGCCCUCGGAUGCUCCUCUUGAUAUGGAGAAGAUUGAGGAACAAUUUGCCAACCUACACAUUGUUAAACGCUCCUCGGGAACGGAAGAGCCUACUUACCUGCUUGGCGUAGACACCUCCAGGACUGUACAUGCAGAAGAGGGAAGCUUGGUCGCUGCUUUGUGUUCCAGUGGAUCCAUCAGAAUAUAUGACAAAGAAAGGUUACGUGUACUACGAGAAUUUAGUGGCAGUCCCGGGCUUCUGAGUGGAGUCAAAUUUGCAAAUUCCCAUGAUAGUAUAUAUUCAGCGUGUACUGAUGGCACUGUGAAAUGUUGGGACGCUCGCUUAGCCAGUGAGAAGCCCGUUCAUCAAUUCAAGGGUUACCCUUCCAAUGUCUUUAUCAGUUUUGACAUCAGCUGUAAUGACCAUGUCAUUUGUGCAGGUACAGAAAAAGUUGAUGAUGAUGCCCUGCUGGUCUUCUGGGAUGCCAGGGUUAAUCCUCAAGGCUUGUCUGCUGCCAAAGACCCACUCGGGGCCUAUUCAGAGACACACAGUGAUGAUAUCACACAGGUCCGUUUCCAUCCCAGCAACCCCCACCUAGUGGUCUCAGGCUCAACUGAUGGCCUGGUAAAUGUGUUUGAUAUUAGCAUUGAUAAUGAAGAGGACGCCCUGAUUACAACCUGUAAUUCAGUUUCAUCAGUAAGCUAUAUAGGUUGGUCUGGGAAAGAUUAUAAACAGAUUUACUGCAUGACACAUGAUGAAGGGUUUUGCUGGUGGGACCUUAAUCACUUGGAUACCGAUGAACCCAUUACACGUUUAAGCAUCCAGGAUGUCAGAGAAACAAUUACUGUGAAAGAAGGUACUUUGGACUAUUUGGUUGGUGGCCUCUAUCAUGAAAAGAUGGACAGAUUGUUUGUUGUCGGAGGAACAAACACAGGCAGGAUUCACUUACUGAACUGUACCAUAUCGGGGCUGACGCAUGUGGCCACUCUGCAGGGAGGGCAUGCUGCCACUGUCCGAUCUUUUUGCUGGAAUGUACGUGAUGACUGCUUGCUGACGGGGGGAGAAGAUGCACAGUUGUUGCUUUGGAAACCUGCAGCUGUGGAGAAGACCUUUGCAAAGAAGGACAGCAUGAAAAUCGCAUCCUCUGUGCACCAGCGAGUGCGGGUUCACACCAGCGAUGGCUACAAGAGAAGGAAAAAGCAGUAAGGUGAAACUGGAAUUCACGUGGUGGUAGGUUUUGUAUCUUCUAGUAAUUUUUUUGGCUCACUUCCUGUAGUAGACUGGUUUAAAGCUUCUGUGUAAAACUUACAUCAGUUACCCUAAGCAAUCCUGGAAUUACAUUAAGAAUGGUUCAGGGCCUGGCACGGUGGCCUAGCUGCUAAAGUCCUCGCCUUGAACAUGCUGGGAUCCCAUAUGGGCGCUAGUUCUAAUCCCGGCAGCCCCUCUUUCCAUCCAGCUCCCUGCUUGUGGCCUGGG